AUGAUCAUACUGUUGGGAUGUUAUAUUGGAUGGAUUGUCUUUUCAAAUGUGAUUCGUAAAUAUAUCUACUCAAUGGUUGAUAGUAAAGUGUACGAGAUGGGAAAAUCAUUCACAGAACAUUUAAUUAAUCAAACGAGGGGUUUUGAGUGCAAAGUCUACUCGUGUAAAACUAAGGACGGUUGUAAAUUACAACUCUUUAGAAUUAUUUAUAAGGGAAAUGAUGCUGAUCAUUCGAAUAAUGUUUCAUUGAGUCCUCAAUCAACCAUUAGAUAUUGUCCAUCGGCACAACAAGUUGAGGAAUUGUUAAGAGAGAGUGAACAACUUUCAAAGAAACCAGUUGUGGUGUUGCAACAUGGAUUGUUAGAGGCCAUGACUGUCUUUGUGCUACAUGAAGAUUCCAUCGCAUUCCAAUUGGCCAAGAAGGGUUUUGAUGUUUGGUUGGUCAAUAAUAGAACCUCACUGUUUGGUCAACAACAUCUGGUUUCCAGAAUUCAUGAUGAAGUCGAAUUUUGGAAAUUCUCUAUUGAUGAAAUUGCCAAAUAUGAUAUGCCAGCAAUAAUAGAUUUUGUUAGAAACGCAACUUGCCAAUCAAAGAUUUGUUGGGUUGGAAUGUCCCAAGGAGCUGGUCAACUCUUUGCUGCCCUCUCACAAACUGAGUAUGCCCACUAUAAGAAUUAUCUUUCUGCUAUUGUUGGACUGUCGCCAGCAUGUUUCUUGAAGAAGAAUCCAGAAUCUACCUUUCUUAGACUCUUAAUUAAGACUCCCUCAUUCAUUUUCGGAAGGAGAGAAUUCAUGCUUAUUAUUCUUAUUGGACAACUGUUAUUACCUGCCUCAUUCCUUGCCAAGGGAGGUGAAUAUGCUCUCAAACUAUUGAAUAUUCAACAAAAACCACUCCCAAACCAUCCCCUGAAAGGUGAAUGGUUUAAGAACAUUCCACUGGGAUGUACCUCUGUAAAUAAUGUGGUUCACUGGUUAAGGAUGUUAAACAUUGGAGGAUGUUUGAGAAAAUUCAAUGGAAUUGAAAAGUAUCCAAUUGAUGAAAUGUUAGAUAGAUGGAGAGAGGUCUACCACUCCAAUUUGAGUCAUCAGCAACAAGAUAAGAAGCAACAAGAAUAUGUGCCACCUCUCUUUGUCUUUUUGGGAGGAAAGGAUAAUGUAAUUGACUAUGAAGAGAGUAUCAAACAUUUUGGCUGUUGUGACUCUGUGUUGGUGACUGAUGAAACAGGUGAACAUCCACCCAAGAAUAUUUCAACAUGUCCAGGAAGUUGUCCAGUGUCCAACAAUGUUCGUUGCAAGAUUCUAUUCGAUCCAGAGUAUGGUCACACUGAUUUCCUUUGGGCUGAACCAGAUGCCAAACACCAAAGACAUUAUGAUAAGGUUAUUCAAUUCUUGGAGGAACAUGUUCAAUAG